GGGGGCGGAGGGGAGAAAGGGGUUAAACAAUCAACAAAACAGAACCCCCUCCAAAGAGAAGUUGAGACUUUUAGAAAAAUUCCGGAACUAUUGACCGUCACAGUGCCUCUCAUUGCCGCUGGUGGACAUGACCUCGGGGCGGGGGCGGAGGUGGGGGCGGGGCCCGGGGACGGCAGACCCCCCCCUGGGGACCUGCGGCCACAUGUGCCCCGAGCGAGAGCGGACGGACCGCGAGAGGCAGAGGAGGCUGCACAGGUUUGAGGUGCUGAGCGGCACCGAGAGAGACUCGCUGCCCGCGGCCGACCCCCAGAAAGCGGUCAAAGAAUACUCCAGACCCGCCGCGGGGCGGGAGACCCCCCGGCCCGAGGACCUGCGGCCACCGGACGUCUUGUUCCAAACGGUCGCGUACCUGGUGGACCGGGUCGUUCCCCGGCAGGACGUCUGCUGGGGCGAAGUCUACGGCUACGUGUUUGACCGGCUGCGGAGCGUGAGGCAGGACAUGACCGUCCAGCGGAUCGGCGGCAAGCUCUGCGUGGCCGUCCUGGAGAGGACACUGCGCUUCCUGCUCUACGCCUCGUACCGGCUGCGCGGGGAGCCCCCGCAGGUCUUCGACCCCGACAUCAACAGCGUGCACACCCAGGAGUGCUUCAGCUGGCUCCUGGAGACCUACAGGCUCGGAGACUACGACAGCGAAGCCGAGUUCCAGUCGCUCUUCAUCCUGUACAAUCUCGGAUCAAUGAAGGCCCUUCACUACGCCCUGUUACUGUCCGACCACAUCCGGGACUCGCCGUGCAUGAAGUCUGCACUCGCUGUAAACCGUGCCUUCACCGAGGGAAACUACGUCCGUUUUUUCCGGCUUUGCCGACGCCUGCCUUUCCUGGCCAGCUGUGCUCUGCACCGGCACAUCGGGCAUUCCCGGCGGUGCCUCAUCCGGAUAUUCAGCCACGGAUUCAGCAGCCGGAACUGCCGGUACCCGCUGGAGAGACUGGUGGACCUGCUGGCGGCGGAUGACUGGGAUUCGGUUGUCGAGCUCUGCCAGAAACACGGCGUCACGGUCACAAACAAGAUGGUCGGUUUCCAGAAAGCGAAUUACAAGGAGCUCGGACCCCUGAGCGACGGCCCCUCACAUGUCCUUGUCGGCCAUAAACAAGGAGACAUUACGGUGUCCGCCAUCAUCCAUGGGAACUGAAGCCUCUCUUUCUGUCUCUGUGUAACUUGUUCCUGUGUUCGUUUCUUCCCAAAACUUGCAACAGCAAUUUACAUUUAUAUACAGCAGUGCCUUUUAUAUUACCAACAUUCAUCCACAAGUACCUUCCAGGGAGAGUGUGUGU